UUUCUAUAUUCUCUGCUUCUCCUCUUCUUCCAAAUAACCAAACGCACCUUGGACUCCAAAUCUCAAUCCUCAAACCUUUAACACUUCCUCUCUCUUCCUUAAAAUGUCGUCGCCGGCGCCGGCGACAUCGCCGCCGUCAACUAACACUACCACUCCUCCGCCCACUACUCCUGCAACUCCACCACCUACUUCGUCUCCUACUCCACCGGCCCCUCCGCCGUCAACUCCUCCUCCGACUACUCCCGCUACCGCUUCUCCUCCUACGUCUACCCCGGCAACUGCUCCUCCAACUUCAACUCCAUCUACAACUCCACCGGCGGCUAUUCCCCCAACGACUUCGUCUCCUUCACCUCCCGCACCUUCCGGUGAUUCUCCCUCUCCUCCUGCACCAUCUGGUGAAACUCCUUCUCCUCCUUCUCCACCGUCUUCAACACCUUCUGGUGGUUCUCCUCCAUCUUCUUCUGGUGGAGGUAGUAGGCCUUCUUCAUCUAGUCCUAAUCGUCCUUCUGGUUCGAGUUCUAGCCCGGGUUCAAGUUCGGGUACUGAUUCGAGUGGAGGGAAUAAUGGAAUAUCGACAGCGACGGUAGUUGGUAUUGCAGUAGCAGGAGUGGCGGUAUUAAUAAUAUUGAGUAUAAUUUGUAUUUGUUGUGCGAAAAAGAAGAAAAGAAGAAGAAAUGAGUAUGGUGGUGAAGGUUACUAUGCUCCUCCUCCUCCUCCUCCUUCUCAUGGUCCUCUUGGCCACAAAGAUGGUCCGUAUGGUGUGCAAGCACAGCAGUGGCAGCAGAACUACCCGCCACCAGUUGAGCAUUAUCAGGCACCUAAGCCGCCACCUCUACCAGCAGCUCCACAACGGCCGCCUAGAGUUCCUUCCCCACAACCAACACCACCAGCAGCUCCUGCACCAUUUAUGAGCAGCGGUGGGGGUUCUGGGUCAAGCUUUGGUUCUGAAAACCCACAACCACCACCCUCCCCUGGGCUUUCACUAGGGUUUGCUAAGAGUCCGUUCUCUUAUGAAGAGCUUGUAAUGGCAACAGAUGGAUUUUCCGAGGCUAAUCUGUUGGGACAAGGUGGUUUUGGGUAUGUUCAUAAAGGUGUUCUUCCAAAUGGGAAAGAAGUUGCUGUUAAAGCCCUUAAAGCUGGGAGUGGGCAGGGAGAGCGUGAAUUCCAAGCUGAAGUUGAAAUUAUUAGCCGCGUCCAUCACAAACAUCUUGUCUCCUUGGUAGGAUAUUGUAUCACCGGAUCACAUAGGUUGCUGGUGUAUGAGUUUGUUCCUAACAGCACCUUGGAAUUCCAUCUUCAUGGUAAAGGGCGGCCCACCAUGGAUUGGCCUACAAGACUGAAGAUAGCUCUUGGUGCUGCAAAAGGAUUGGCAUAUUUGCAUGAGGAUUGUCAUCCAAAGAUUAUUCACCGGGAUAUUAAAUCAGCUAAUAUUUUACUGGAUUACAAGUUUGAGGCAAAGGUUGCUGAUUUUGGACUGGCAAAGUUUUCUUCAGAAGUUAAUACUCAUAUAUCCACUCGUGUGAUGGGAACUUUUGGAUACUUGGCACCUGAGUAUGCUUCAAGUGGAAAACUUACGGACAAAUCUGAUGUCUUCUCCUUUGGAGUUAUGCUCCUGGAAUUGAUUACUGGACGCCGACCUGUUGAUACCACAAAUGCUUAUGUGGAUGAUAGUUUAGUUGACUGGGCAAGACCUUUACUUACAAGAUCUUUGGAAGAAAAUAACUUCGAGACGCUUGUUGAUACGCAUAUGCAAAACAAUUUUAACCCCAAUGAAAUGGCGCGCAUGGUUGCUUGUGCUGCUGCUUGUGUUCGUCACUCGGCUAGACGCAGACCUAGAAUGAGCCAGGUGGUUAGAGCCUUGGAAGGAGAAGUUUCUCUAUCUGAUCUUAAUGAAGGAAUAAGACCUGGGCAAAGUUCAAUCUACAGCUCCUAUGGAAGCUCGGAUUAUGAUACCAACCAAUACAAGGAUGACCUUAAAAAAUUCCGGCAAAUGGCUCUUGCAAGCCAAGAUUAUGGAAGCAGCGAGUAUGGUGGAACGACAAGCGAGUAUGGAAUGUACCCAUCCGGUUCAAGCAGUGAAGGACAAAGCCGUCAAACAACCAGGGAGAUAACGACAAGGGAGAUGGAGAUGGGAAAGAUUAAAGAAGAUAGUAAAGGUUUUAGUGGAGCAUCUUAAUGGAAGGUAACAUCUCUUGUAAAGAAAAAACAAAGUGAAAUUAAGUGUUUUAUAUGGAGUAUAUUAAGUAGAUUCUGAGUGUCAUGUAAUUCUAAGUUCUAACACAUUUUUUCCUUCUUUUUUUGGGCAUUCUUUUUCCAUAUAGCGGAAUGAUUGGUUUUCCCUUCAAUGUAUUUACAUUGCUUGCUUAUAUACAGAAAUAACAUUCUACAA